GAUUAAUGAAAUAUGUGACUAAGUGCAUAAAACAAAACGAAAAAUGCACUUAUUUUGACGCCAACUGGAGAAAGAUAGUUGUGAUAUCUAAGCACCACUAAGGGAGGAACUGCCAAUGUCAAUUUUACAACUGAUAAGAGGAAAUUAUUGGGACAUACAUUUUCACCAUUUUACGUCGGAUAAAUUUUCAGUUUUCUGUAAAAUAUUAGGAUGUUUCAUACACCAGAUGACUACCACAAUAUAUCCAUAAGACUUUCUGAGGUUUAGAUGAUAUUGGAGUUAAUGAAAAGAUGUUGCUGAAGAUAAGAAGAUCAGCAGUACUGAAUGAAUCCAAUGAAACAAUCAUAGACAGGGCAAUACACCAUCAAAUGACUUUCUAUAAUUUUGGCAGUUUGUCAGAAGGUACUACAACAUUAGGACUUCAAUCAGAUAUUGACUUUCUUUUCUCUCUAAAUAAUUACAAUGUGAUACAGGACAGGUCUGAAUUGACUCUAGGUAAAUGUAACUUGCUGAUGACUCAGAAUGAAACAACACCUCCUGGAUAUUGCCUUCUACAGAUGCUUAGAGAUGAUGCUCCACUUCCUGAUACACGUGAAUAUGAGAAUCACAUUGUAAAAGACACUUGUGGACGGAUAUUUCUCAAGAAUACAAUAAUUGAUAUCUGUAUGAAUGGAAGAACGCAAAGACAAGGACCAUCAUUAGCACUAACACAAGAACCUGGUACUACUGAUGUUGACAUAGUCUCAGCAUUUCCUUGUACAUCAUGGCCACAAUCAGCUAAAGCCUGCCUAGAUCAUUUGGAUGUAAAUGAAUGGCCUACAGCUAGUAUGAACAGAUAUAUAAAAACUACAAAGUGUUUUGUGGUUGCUGUCGGCAAAAAAGUCAGCGAAAAUGCAGAUUUUGAAUGGAGAUUUUCUACCUCAUUAGCUGAACGGUGUUUGAUGUUCAAUUUGAACAUUACUCAAAUAAGAUGUUAUAUCUUAAUGAAAAUGAUUAUGAAAACAUACAUAAAUCUUGACAAUGAAGUUUACAUUUCGAGUUUCAUGUUUAAAACUGUUUUGUUUCACUGUAUAGCAAGUAAACCUUUAGAUAUAUGGAAGGAAUGUAAUAUUAUAAACUGUUUAACAUACUGCAUACUUACACUGUACAAUUGUAUUUUAUGUUGACUCUGUCCACAUUUUUUUGAUCAUGAAAACAACUUGAUGGCAGGAAAGUUUUCAAAUAUAGUAAAACAAAAGUUACUUCAAACAGUAACAAACCUGAUACCAUGUGUUGGAAUGCCCCUUCUAGGAAUUCAGAUCGAUGAUGUUGGUGAAAGACUUCAGAUCAAGCUUAACAUAUUGAAUGGAGUAAAUCAUAACAUUCCAAGCCCAGAUAAAUACACUAGGAAAACUUCAUGUCUUCUAUUACAACAUACAUUUAGAUGUAUUAUAGACAAGCAUAAUGAUGUUAUUUAUGCGACAAAAGUAGUUGCAAGUUUAGAAAUGGAAUGGAGAAUUCGGUUACAGAUAGUGCUACACUUAAUAAGAUACUACAGAGAUGGUGACAUGUUCGUCAAGUUAUCAAGCAGACUUCUAGCACCUAUAUAUUGUAGCUCCAUAGGGUCCCUGAUAGCUUCUCAUAACAUUCAAAUAAACAACACAGUUUCUUCUCAAGCACUAGCCUGGCUGGAGGCAGGACUGGAUUCGGAUGUUGCUUCAAGCAGACUAAAAAUUGCUUCUAUAUUGUAUUGUACAGGAGACAUGGAAAGAGCAGCAUUUAUUCUUAAUGAUGUAGAUCAAGAAUACAAUAUAGAUGUUACUCAGCCUGUAUGUUCCUGCAUCAACUUCACUAUACACUACAAAUCCGGAUUUGCUCGAUUGUCCUGCCAAUAUGAUGAAGAAUCAGUCAAGUACAUUAUUGCAUACUGUGUUAGAUUUUGUAGAGCAGAAAUAAACUGUGUACCACGUGAACUUCAGUAUGAGGUGUUCAGGUCAACACAAGAGGACAUUCAACACAGAGGUAUAUUUGAUUACUGGAUGGACUGGGCUGUAGUAGACUCACUUCCGUACCUUUAUUUUCUUCAAUACAAGACAUUUGGCAACCUACACAGGCCGGAGGAUCAGCAACAAGCAAUGAACAAACUGAUAGGGGUGAUUGAAACAGAGCUUAAUUUUAGACACAGAGAAACAGCCCUGAAUCUACUAGGACAGUGCAUGGAACAGGAAAAUAGACUAGUUGAUGCUCUACAGUGUUACAUGUUAUCCCUACGUGUAAGGGAAAGGAACAAUGCUGCAAAAAUUCAUAUAUGCAGGUGUUUGGCUAACAGAUAUUUAUAAAGAGUCACUAACUUGAACAGAUUUAUACCUCUGAUUUAUCUUCAGGUUAUAAGACUUGCAUGUUAUCUCCUACACCGGACAAUAAUUAUUCCCAUUCUGAGUGGGAAUUGUAUUGUCUAAAAAGUUACAUAUCCACCUAUUUUUGGUCUUUUUGUGGCGUAAAUCUGGGAACUGAAUAAUGAAAAAUAUUUCCUUUUUGAGCAUACAGACAGAAAAAUAUGCAUCAUAUAACACAGAUACAAUGUUUGUACUCUAAAAUUUAAAUAAUUAUUAAACAUAUAUGAAAUUGUUCUUUGUCAUUGAA